AUGCGUGAAUGUAUUUCAAUCCAUGUCGGUCAAGCUGGAGUUCAAAUUGGUAACGCUUGUUGGGAGUUGUAUUGUCUUGAGCAUGGUAUUCAACCUGAUGGUCAAAUGCCUUCUGACAAAACAAUUGGCGGUGGUGAUGACUCAUUCAAUACAUUUUUCAGCGAGACUGGUGCAGGCAAACAUGUCCCAAGGGCAGUUUUUGUAGACCUAGAACCGACAGUUGUAGAUGAGGUUAGAACCGGUACCUAUAGGCAACUGUUUCAUCCAGAACAACUGAUAACCGGUAAAGAAGAUGCAGCUAAUAAUUACGCUAGAGGACAUUAUACAAUUGGCAAGGAAAUUGUUGAUCUCGUAUUGGAUCGCAUACGUAAACUGGCAGAUCAGUGUACUGGUCUUCAAGGAUUUUUACUUUUCCACUCAUUCGGUGGUGGUACAGGGUCAGGUUUUACAUCUUUACUCAUGGAACGUUUGAGUGUGGAUUAUGGAAAGAAAUCUAAGCUAGAAUUCGCAAUCUAUCCUGCUCCUCAAAUUUCAACAGCUGUAGUGGAACCAUACAAUUCAAUCUUGACUACGCAUACUACACUGGAGCAUUCUGAUUGUGCUUUCAUGGUAGAUAAUGAGGCUAUCUACGAUAUAUGCAGACGUAAUUUGGACAUUGAACGACCAACUUAUACGAAUCUAAAUCGUUUGAUUGGCCAGAUUGUUAGUUCAAUUACUGCAUCACUUCGAUUUGAUGGUGCUCUUAAUGUUGAUCUGACAGAAUUUCAAACUAAUCUGGUGCCAUAUCCUCGAAUUCACUUCCCUUUGGCUACUUAUGCACCAGUUAUUUCUGCUGAGAAAGCCUAUCAUGAACAGUUGAGUGUAGCCGAGAUUACUAAUGCUUGCUUUGAACCAGCCAACCAAAUGGUCAAAUGUGAUCCACGUCACGGAAAGUAUAUGGCUUGCUGUAUGUUGUACCGUGGAGAUGUUGUCCCGAAAGAUGUCAACGCUGCUAUAGCUACAAUCAAAACUAAGAGAACAAUUCAAUUCGUGGAUUGGUGCCCAACAGGAUUUAAGGUCGGUAUCAACUAUCAACCACCAACUGUUGUACCAGGUGGUGAUUUAGCCAAGGUACAAAGAGCUGUUUGUAUGUUAAGCAACACAACAGCUAUUGCUGAAGCGUGGGCACGUUUAGAUCAUAAAUUCGAUCUGAUGUAUGCUAAACGUGCAUUUGUUCAUUGGUAUGUCGGUGAAGGUAUGGAGGAAGGAGAAUUUUCAGAGGCUCGUGAAGAUUUGGCAGCACUAGAAAAGGAUUAUGAAGAAGUUGGUGUUGACAGUGUGGAUGCUGAAGGUGAAAAUGAAGAAGGUGAAGAAUAUUAA